CCGGCGCGUGUGGCCGGCGUUGCGGGGCCGAUUCUCUCGGCGCCAAGUUCCUCACAGUUUUGUCUCACGAGCAUCACGUGUGUUGGGCGAUGGGCGGUUAGAAGAACGUCAGCACUAGGCCGGAAGAAGGCAACAGUCGACCCUUGGCGAACGUGUGUCUCUGAGACCUCUUCCCCCCCUCUUCCCUCUUGAUCGACUGCGCCGCCCACCAGAAACACCGCAGCUGGCUGACCCGACAUUCCGGCUCUCUCUUCAACAUCUUGCCCGCUCUCGAGUUGUCCCUCUUCCUCGUCUAGAUUGCUUUCCACUUUGGGCAAACGGUUUACUGCUGCUGCUGCUGCUGCUGCUGCUGCUGCUGCAUCUCCCAUCUGCUCUUGACGGUGUCGCACUGGCGAUCCCGUCCGAUCUGGAACCUGCCUGGCAACCAACCUAUCCCAAGGGUCUGACGCGGCUCGAACGUGUCCCACCACCCGGCCUGUUCGCUUCGUCCCUGACGCAAAUCUCGCUCUCUGUUGGCUCUCUCGGGAAGCCCCAGGGAGGAGGAGACGGUAUCGGCCGUCGGCAUUCUCGUUCCCCGCUGGUUGCUUGUAGCUGGUUAACUCCGGUGUGUCCGAUAUGACGAUGGGUAACCAAAAGCGCUCUAAAACCACGGGCUUCGCCUUUGUCAUGACCGACACGUCCGGGAGACCCAACUCGGAGGACCGGAAGCUCAUCCGCAGCCAUGUCAUGCGAGGCAAAAAUACGCGAGCGUCUCGCGCCGCUCCGAAGCGUGCGGCGGCUCCGUGGGCCGCAUAUGACAUUGACACGGCCGGGUCUGUUCAGGAGACGGAGUCGGAGUCACCCGAGCCGCUGCCAAUCCCCGUUGGUCGACCGGGUUCCGAAGUGGCACUCAGGUACAACAACAACAACAACAACAACAACAACAACAACAACAACAAGAACAAGCGUGCAUCCCAGCGGCAGGUGUUGCAUGCAUCCAACGACCUGGACAUGUUUCGAUUUGCCGAAGACGUGGACGACAUCUCCCGGGCCAUGCUGUUUGAAUACUACGGGUUCAUCAAGGAGACCAUGUACCCCAUCGAGUGGUGUCUGAGCUUCGACGCCAGCAAGACGCCGUGGUUCUACUGGCUCCUCUCCGAUGCCGCCUUUCUGAACUCCAUGCUCUUCACCGUCGGCCUGUUGCACGACUCGGUCGAGGGCAAGACGAGCAAGAGGACCAAUUUCCACGUCUGGAGGACGCUGAAGCUCCUUAACCAGCACAUCACGGACAAGGACCUGGCGCUGGCCGACUCCACCAUCGCGACGGUCGUCUCCAUGUGCAUGGUGUCCGAGAUAUUUGGGGACCGGGACGGCGCCACGGCGCACGUCAGGGGUCUGCGCCGCAUCGUCGAGCUGCGAGGCGGCAUCGAGAGCUUUGGGCACAACCUGCAGCUGCAGGUCAAGAUAUGCCGCGUGGACAUCGGCUGGAGUCUAUGUACAGGGGAGAAGCCGCUUUACUACAGAGACGGCAUCGAUUGGGGGUCGUUCAUGGGCCGCAAACUGGGUGAUUUGCCCGCCGGCUUCCAACGCAGCCGAGAUCGGUGCCGCAUCCGCCUUCUCGCCGACUCGUUCGAUCCUCGGCUGGGCACCGUCUUCCAGGACCUCCACGACUUCUCCCUCCUGGCCAACUACCUCGCGGAGACGGGCCAAAAGAUCGAACCGCACGUGUUCCAGAACCUGAUGACGUCCGUCCAGUAUCGUCUGCUCUACCUGGAGCCGGCCACGACGAGGGCUGGCGUGGCCGACAUGUUCCGCCUCGGCAUGACCAGCUACAUCACGACUCUGUUCCUCAAGGUCCACGGGGCCAAGAUCCCGCUGGCGGCCUUGACCAGCCAGCUCCGGUCCGUCUGCCGGCAGUUUGAAGUCGCCGACGCGUCGACCGCCGCCGUCAGGCUCCUUGUUGCCUGGACCCUCGUCACCGGCGCCAUCUCCGUCUUCGACAGCAACGACGACGAUGACGCGUGGCUGAUACCCAAGCUCGCCUCCCUGCGCGACUCCCUGGGCGCGACAUGGCCGGAAGCCGAGGCGAGGCUGGGGGAGGUCAUGUGGGUGGAACUCGCCCACAGCUCACAAGGUGUCAAGGUGUUUGAGAAGCUGGUGUUGCACGUCGCCAAAGUACCGCCCACCAAGGCGUCCCCGCGAAGCAGAUGGCGGCUGGACAGUCCAGCCUCGUCACAUCAGGGAAGGUUUUCAUCAACCCAAGAUGUUGUUGGUGCGGUUGUUGUUUAAAACCCAGGCUCUCGGCAAACUUACUCAACCAUCAAGACACCAAAUACCACCUCGGUCAUCAUGCGUAUGCGUACCUCAUCCAUCAUCGUCUAUGGCUUCCUAAGCCCGGGUGCUGCGGCCACCGUCUUUUACCUCCAGCAGCACUCCCUACGGCGGCUUCAGCAUCCUGGGGGACGUCUUCGACGGCGUCUGCUCGGUUUCAUUUGAUGAUUCCGGCAAUGUCGUGCACAGCGCCAUCGAAGGUCUCCGCGUCCGCAAAUGUCGACAGCGUCGCCUCCUUCGAGACGCGCGGCGGCGCCGGUGGUGCCUAGCUUGUCAAGCGUGAC